AUGAAGGUCGCAGUGUUCAAGCUUGUUUUCAUUGUACUAACUCUUGCUUUUGCAACCGCUAAGCAUGAAGCGGUAGCCAGCAAAGCCUCUUCGAGUGCAGCAGCUAUGAAUGUUCUGUCGAAAUGCCCACAGAGCAAGUGCUUGGUAAGAUAACUUCUCGACUUUUCCAUAUGUCAUCAAACAUAUUACAAGGUUUAACUGUAUUUCACUUUCGGCUUUUAAUACCUUCUUUCUUUUUUUAACAGACGGAUUCAGUCGCCUGUCUUGCUGGAGCACAGUACAGCAGUACUGAAAGUUCAGGUGAGGAAACUUGAAAUAUCGGAUCACGUUACGCCAGCGAAUAAGUCUUUAUAUCUUCAAAGCCAUGUCCCUAGAGGGCACGUGAGGCAGUUUUGUCUCUACACCAGAGGCAAUUUUUAAAAAAGACGCGAAAAUAAUUUUAAAAUUGAAGUAUUGUUAAACUUUCUUUGGUUGGACCAAAGUAAUCACUUUAAAAUCACAUGAAAAAGAGCGUUUCUACGAUACUGGCAUGGAUUUUUCAACGAAAAAGUGACGUCCUCACUUUUAUUAAACUAGUAAUUAAACAAUUAAAAUAUUUUCCAUACAAAUAUCCGUUACUUUUGAUAAUUUACAGAUCACACAAAAAAGCUGGAAAAUCUAGAGAAAGAGGUGAGUGUACCAUAUUAAUCUAAGUUUCUUAGCAACAGCAAAAUGUUUCAUUAGAUAUUCGCUUUGUUGAUAUAGGUUAUUUAGUGACUCGUAAGAAAGAGAAUUUUGUCUGGUGUAUGAAUGGAUUGAUUCAGACUGACUGAUUGAUGAUUGACUGAUUUUGACUGGGGCAUCACGACGCAUUCAUCAAACAUGAUGGGCUGGUUUCAUUCCAAAGAUAUCAAGCUUGCUUUUCAAUCUUAAAUUCUUUUUCAGGAAAAGUAAGCUUUUUUGUAACAAAAUAAGGUUGCAAACUUCUUGGUUUUCUCCACUUUCUCUGUUAUAUAAACUUUGAUGUCAGGCCGUGAGUAUUGAAAUCACUUUUUUCUUUUAUCAAAGACAGAAAGUGAGUUUGCUUAGAAGCUACAACAGCUACAGAGAAGUGAAUUUGUUAAAAAGUUAGUAAGCAGUAAUAAGUUAACGUUCCUUUCAUUUUCAAGGUUUUGUUUUUCGUUCUUGGAAUCUUUUCAGGUCGCUCAUCUAAAAGCAGAACUGGCAAAAGCAGGCAGCCUUCUGGCUUCGCUUUGCUUGACAGCAAUGGCCGCCUGCGCCACAACCUUCUCGCAGCAGGUUAUGAUAAGUACUUUGCCUACUACUUGGCGUGGCAGUCUCUCCACAUGGCGGCUGCCGCUGCCUGCAGAGGUAGCACUGCUUCAGGAGGAUCUGGUUCCUGGGCAAAUAGCGUGAUGACCAGAAACACCGUUGAGAGGAAGACUUCUGCUCAGAUUUGUGCCCAGACUGUUUACCGCAACUGUGACGCAGAGGUUUCAAUCUACGGCAAGAAAGGCAAGGCCACAAAGAACGGAAUGGUCGUUGACGCGUUUUACAACUACCAUUGUAACCAUGCAGCCAACGGAGGAAGUGAGGUGUCCAGUUCUGACGAAACUGUCAUGAACUACAGUUACCCUUAUUUCAGCUUCUGUUGCUGUCGAAAGUAG